AUGCCACGUGCUGCGGCUCCGCGGCACUCCGAUCUGCAUAGUGGCGGUUGGGACGGCAACACUUGCAUGAAGUGGAUCCUUGCUAGGCCGCUACAGCCUACUUGCAUGCGAGCGGCUUCUUCAGCCUCUAGCCUAAUUAUCGCAGACAUUGGGAUCGACUCGCUGUUAAUGACGUCUGUUGCUAACGGCAUACGCGCCGGCCUCGGCGUGCAGAUCCCGUUGCUGGCGCUGAUGGAGACGCAAACCGUAGAUGAGCUCACCACCAUCUUCGCCCUUGAAUCGCCGUUCCACGGCAUGGACAACAUUCCCGACUGCUCCAUGCAGCAGUACUGCUCCUUCUUCGUGGACGCCAUCCACCGCGUCCAACCCACGGGUCUCUACAUGCUCGGCGGCUGGUCCAUCAGCGGGGGUUUUGCCUAUGACUUAUGUACUCCUUCGCCUCUCCGUUUUGAUGGAACUGGCGGGACCAAAGUGUCCUUGGACCUCGUCUGGUCUGCUCAGGGCGACUUUUCGCUCUUCUCGGCCAAGGUUUUGCGGUCCGAGCUAGAAUGA